AUGAGGAUAGCGUGCCUCCAAUUCGCGCCUCAGGUCGGCGAUGUCGACAACAACCUCAACCGUGCCGAUGCUGUGUUGAGCAGAGCGAAUCCGGAUGACUUGGACCUACUCGUUCUACCCGAAAUGGCCUUUUCAGGUGCGUCCGUUGAGCCCAUGGGCUAUAUUCGCGCGAGGCUUGUCUGCAACUCGCAGGUUCCAUCCCGACAUGGGGCAAGCAAGCAAGCAGACAGUGGCUUUGAUCAAAGCCUGGGACGUUUCGCUGACAGAACUACAGGGUACAAUUUCAAAUCUCUCAGCGAUAUCUCCCCUUUCCUCGAGCCAACGUGCGCGGGUAUCACCUCCUUGUGGGCUCGGACCACUGCUCUCAAGUACAAUUGCACUGUAGCUGCUGGGUAUCCUGAAAAAGUCGAUGUUUCGCCACACUGGCCAACGUCACCCGAAUAUUACAACUCAGUCAUUGUAGUCAACCAAGAAGGGGAGACUAUUGCGAACUACAGAAAGUCGCAUCUUUAUUACACCGAUGAAACCUGGGCGUUGGAGGGUCCGAGUGGCUUCCACAAAGGGUUUGUCCCUGGUAUCGGGCGAAUUGCUAUGGGAAUCUGCAUGGACCUGAAUCCCUACAGAUUCGAGGCACCUUGGUCUGCCUUUGAGUUCGCAUUUCAUAUCCUAGAUGUCUCAGCAAAUGUGGUGAUCUUGUCCAUGGCCUGGCUGACAAGAGAGGAUGCCCGCCAUUUCAGCCGCAUGCCUAAGGAGCCCGACAUGGAAACUUUGACCUACUGGGUCAAGCGUCUGGAGCCUCUUAUUCGGGCGGAUAACGAUGACGAGAUCAUUGUGGUGUUCGCUAACCGAACUGGCCUUGAAGAUGAGGCAGUGUACGCCGGGACAAGUGCCGUACUUGGUAUACAGAAUGGCGAGGUUAGUGUAUAUGGCUUGUUGGGUCGCGGAGAGAAAGAGCUUCUGGUCGUCGAUACCAGCCUUCCACCCUUUGCAAAACUUGUGUACCGACCUGAAGGAGAGACGAAUGUCGCUGGCGAUGUGUCUGUAACUGGCACAACAUCGGCUUCGGUAGCAGACAAGUCUGUGAAAGACAAGUCCCCGACUUCCAGCAAUGCGUCGACAUCCUCUACUACAUCGCGGUCCACCACAUCUAAACCGUCAAUUCAUGUGGACGAUGGAGGGGAGGCAUCUAGAGAAUCUACUCGGCGCAUCUUCGGGGGUCAUGUUUUCAUUAGUCAAGAUACCCUGACACCAAUGACUGGCACAUUUCCUAACACGCCCUUCGAAGAGUCGCCUGCCUCGCCACGUUACUUCUGGGUGCCCCCAGAACACCUCAGAACCCCAGACUUUGCAAGGCCGUCAUCGCGAACAUCAAGCACCAGGUCUCGACAUACAGACUCAUCAGUGGUGCCCAGUAACACCAACGAGGCCCAGCCGGCUGAAGACACAUCCCAGGUAUUUACACCUCGGAAUACUGAUCGGGCCAGUGAAAUCUCGGAGUUGAUUGAGACUCUCCGCCAAACAACGGCAGCCCAGUCAAGCGGAGACCAAUGUCCAGCACGACCGUCUUCUCCAAAGUCACGGAACGCAAGCCGAACUGGUCGAGGGGAGCGGUCGGAUUCCGUUCUGGCGAGGCGACCUACGUCCGCCAUGGGCCAUCGCACUCAAGCUCCAACAGUUGGACAUGACACCAUACUAUUCCGACCUGAGUCGCCCAAGUCGCGAAACGCUAGUAGGAAUCAAAGCCGGACAAGAUCAUUCGGCACAGCUACCAAGCCAGAAGAGCAUCCUCACACCCAUAGCCCAAGCAGAAACCAAAACCGCAGGCCUACGCCGUUAGACCCUGGUGUCCGAAGUGCAAUCCAGACUGACAAUCGCCAUCAGAUAGAUGAGUCUGCUGUUCUUGAUGGCGAUCAGGACCGUCAUUGUAUCUCACCCGACAUGAACAAAAUUGGAGCAGAUUUGUUGGUAUUUGAAGAGGGAGGGCGACGACCUCGACGUGACAGUCUCGAAUGCCAUGCUGACGAAGAUGAUUUCAUCGUCUUCCACGCAUCCAAGCGCAGGGAACGGCCUGCAACUGAGAGAGUUGGCCCCGAGAGAGACUCUGAAGGCUCACAUUCCCAGAAAGGGGCUAAAGCGAGCUAUGCCGACUCUCCUGGACUACGAUCUGGGAAAAUAUCAAGCACUAUUCGAAGCUCUAGCAAGCCCCAGGCAUCGCCUGAUUUGCCAAACGCACGAGCCACAAGCCGCGGGAGACAGCGAAACCCCAAAUGGGUGCACACUAAGAACUCUCUGAAGUUAUCCGACUACAAAUCGCCAGCACCGAUGUCUCCUCCUGAUCUACACCAGAGGACACGGUCGCCAGGCCCAGACAGCUCAUCACAACGUUAUAAAAGCCCCGAAAACAUGAAAGGACCCUCCCUGGCCCCGGUAGAGCCGUCGAAUUGUAUGCGAGGAGAGAGCACUCACCAACAACAGCGGGUUCAGAAUUCUGGAGGACGGUCCGCAGCUUUCGUCACCAACUCACUCAGAGCAUCUUCACUGGAGUCUAUAGGACAAAGUCCUGAUAAAUAUGCUUCUUCUAUCCGCACGAUCGAAACGACGUCAGCUCCAACGACCCCGGAGUCCAUUCCGCCCACACCCAAGGCAAUGGUCCUUGAGCCAGACUGGGAUAAAGCUGUCUCUGUGCCAAUAUCUGCUAUUGAGCCUGCGCCAUUGAGAUCAUUGAAUUCAGGCCUGGACAGACCGAAGAGUAUGGUUUGGUAG